AUGCGUGAGAAGUGGACAUUUACACCGUCAAAGACCUGCUCCAUCCCCAAUAUUGCUUCCUGGGAGAUCUCAAACCAAAAGGACCAGACCUAUCUGCUCCAGGUCUCAUGGCCGUUGGGAUGGGCUUCGGAAAAACCAUCCACAUCAGCCAACUUCUUGUACCUGGUUGACGGCAACGCUGUGUUCUUUUCUGCCACAGACACUGUUCGACGCCGUCAAGCGCGCAAUCUACACGAACCAGGAACGAUCGUCGUGGGUAUUGGCUAUCCACUCCACGACUCCGUCUACAGCCCGCGGCGAGCGUUCGAUUUGACACCUCCCACCGAGCACUACGUUCCCCCGGCCGGUCCCGACGGCCAGCCCAGAGCGCAGCCACACGGCGGCGCAGACCAGCUCCUGGUCUUCAUAACAGAGGUAGUCAGACCUUUCUUAGCUUCCACCGUCUUCCCCGGUGUGCGAGUGUCCCGCACGGCAUUGUUCGGUCACUCGUACGGAGGCCUGUUUGUCCUGCAUACGCUCUUCACACAGCCGAUGCUGUUCGACGCGUAUCUCGCGGCUAGUCCGUCCAUCUGGUGGAACGAUGGGUUCAUUCUCUCCGAGGAGGCUGCGUUCUGUCGGACGGCGGACACGGACACGGACACAGACACGUCUCAUCGUCCUGCGCUCCGGCUCUCGUACGGUUCGAGGGAACAGUACCCCGUGCGUCAACGCGACGAGUUACCGGAGCAGUUUGAACAACGGAAACGAGGCGCUGCUCUGCGGCGCAUGACGGAUAAUUGCUGCGAGAUGUACGCCAGGCUCCGUGGGAGUGGUCGACUCCAUGUGGAAAAAAGAGAGUAUGUGGAUGAAGAUCACGGCAGUGUGAUUGCACCAGCACUAAGUGGAGGAAUCCUUUAUUUCCUCGAUCUAGAGUAG